CCUACUCUCGCUUUCUCCGUCUCCGCUGCUGCAGAACGGACCGUAAAGCUGUAUGCUGCCUCUUCCUCCCUGCCAGACCGGGACUCCGAUCAAGCUCUACUUGUGGAGAAAGACCAAUUAGCUGUGACCAACCUUUACCCAUCCUGUGAGGACGCAAGGACCACAACGUCAAGAUUGCAGUGUUAAAAAAAAAACAUCUGGGAAAAUAUAUCUUAACACUUAUCAUUUGAAAGGACAUGUAGUUGAUAUACUGAAAGAACCGUCACCAUUCGGACGCCCUGAGGCCUCACUGGUCUACUGCUCUACCCAGCUUCUGCUGCCCUUGAGUGGGCCUUCUGCUCCUGGAGGAGUUCACUUAAUCCACUAUUGUAGAGGUGCUCAUCACUUGGUUUAUUGGUGGCCAACAGAGGUGUUACCAAAUGCUGUCAUACCACAGGCUUUCAUUGCUGACGACUGGCAGAUGAUCUAAGAACAUCCAACUCAAGGCAUUCUACCGUUCUCUGAGAGGGACUUCCUUCCUCGUCUGCGUUGUCUCGAGGCGUACGGUCGUCGGGGGCAAUGAGCAGCUGCUGGGGAGACGGUCUCCGUUUGACGUGGAACACCUAAAAUGGGGACUGAGCUCGCUGCCAUGCUGCACGCUCGGCUCUAAUUAUCAAGGAGAAGCCUUUCUGUUCACCUCUUCGCUCUACUCGGACUUGGCCUGCUCGCCACUGACCCUCAAAGCCCUUCCAUCUUUGAAUUUGGACUCCUUUCCUUCCUCCUUUCCUUUUUAACUCUCCUCCUCCUCCUCCUUUCCACUGAGACAGCCUGAAACACUCCAAAUCAUGGCCAGCAGACUCUGUUUGUCCUCCCCGACGUCUCCCUCCCUGUUUCUCUCCCUCCUGCUGCCUGCACUGUUGGUCCUCCGUCUGCCUGGUGUGGUGAAAGGAGACUGCUGGCUGAUAGAGGGGGACAAAGGUUACGUUUGGCUGGCUAUCUGCAGUCAGAACCAGCCUCCGUAUGAGACCAUCCCCCAGCACAUCAACAGCACGGUGCAUGACCUGAGGCUGAAUGAGAACAAACUUAAGGCAGUGCUCUUUAGCUCCAUGUACCGCUUCACAAACCUUACUGACCUCAAUCUGACCAAGAACGAGAUCAGCUACAUCGAGGAUGGGGCCUUUGUCGGACAGGCCAACCUACAGAUUCUCCAGCUAGGAUACAACAAGUUGACUAACCUGACUGAGGGCAUGUUGAGAGGUCUGGGUCGUAUGCAGUGCCUCUUCUUGCAACACAACCUCAUUGAGGUCAUUUCCACCAAUGCCUUCUGGGAGUGCCCCAGCCUGAGCAGCUUAGACUUAUCUUCCAAUAAACUGGCUCGUCUUGAUCCAUCUACCUUCACUGUCCUCAGCAGGCUGAUGGUGUGUGAACUGGCAGCGAACCCGUUCCACUGUGGCUGUGAGCUCUAUAGCUUUCUCACCUGGCUGGAGGAGUUUAAUAAUGUAACCCACACCUAUGACCGCCUCCAGUGUGAAACCCCUCCAGAAAUGACCGGUUAUCCACUCCUGAGCCCUGUGCCUGGAAACGGAAGAAAUGCUCGUUACAUCCUUUUAUCCAUGUGUCGCGAUGGUGUGAUAAUUCCAGGGAUGACCUCCCAGAUGCCUGAUCCAGAUGGCUCAGGGAUGGGUUUAGAUAACCCGGACCAAAAUCUGUACCACCAGCCAACCACAUCAUCGACAGCUGACCCCAACUACAACCAUCAGUUUUCUAUGAAGCUUCAAGCAGUCUCCGUCUACACCGCUUCUCUGACGGUGCAGAUCCCACAUCCAUACAGUAAAAUGUAUAUCCUCUCCCAGUACAACCACACUUUUGUUACAGACAUCAUGCCCCUUAAAAAAAAGAAAGAGGUGAUAACUUUGGACAAGCUAAAACCACACACCAAUUACACCUUCUGUGUGGUUUCUACGAGUAAAACUCAGCGCUAUAAUCACACCUGUCUGACUUUCACCACACGCGCUAUGGGACUAGAGGACCAACGAACCAAUCCAUCAACAACGACCCACUACAUCAUGACCAUCCUGGGAUGUCUGUUUGGCAUGGUCAUUGUGCUUGGAUUUGUCUAUUACUGUCUCAGACGACGGCGUAUCCAGGAAGAGAAAGAAAAAGCUAUAAGUGUUAAGAAAACAAUUCUGGAAAUGAGGUAUGGCCCAGAGGCGGCUGCAGCAGUGGCCAAUGACCCAGGUGCCAUGCAGCGUCUCCAGGAGCAGACUCACCACCAACACCAUCACUCAGGAGGAGCAGGAGGCAAGAUGCCAACAUCUGCCUCAUCAAGCACAGGGAUGCUCCAUGGCUCAGGCAACACCAGUUCUUCCCGUUUAUCUACAUUGCCACAGGUGGAAAAAAUGGCAAGCGCAUUCUCUGAGGCAAUGGGCGGGAAGGGCAACUACAUGGAUGUGAGGACAACAGGAAUGGCAGGGGAAGGCAGGGAGGGAAUGGUAGCAGUUGGAGGUGCAGGGGUAGGGGGGGAAGUAGUCGUGGAUAUGCGAGGUGGGGCUGAGAAUGGCACAGAGGCAGGUGAGGACUCAGAUGACGAUGGCCAUGGCUCAGCAUCAGAGAUCUCCACUAUUGCCAAGGAGGUGGACAAGGUGAACCAGAUCAUCAACAACUGCAUUGAUGCUCUGAAGCUGGAUGCUUCAGCCAAUGUUGUGACCACAGCUGAAAAUGCUAUUUCUGUGUCCUCCUCUCAGCCUCCUUGCAUUGCAUCCCUACCUUGCAGCCGCAACCUCCUGCCCCUCUCUCCAGGCCACCCCGGAGAUCAGAUCAUGGCCUCCUCUCCGAAGGUGCAUCCAAAACCUCACCCUCAGCCACAUCCUCAGCCACAUCCUCAGCAACAUCCUCAGCAACAUCCACAAUCACAUCCUCAGCCACAUCCUCAGUCACAUCUUCAGCCUCACCCCCAGUCUCAUCCACAGCUACAUCAGCAGCCUCAUCCACCCUCUAUGGCACCAGUCCCCCUGGUGAUGCCCCUGUCUGAGCGACCUGGCAUCAGUGGUGGUGGGUUUCUCUCCCCACCUUACCGUGACCCACCCCCGGCCAAUGCAGUACGGCCCCUUCAGAGGCAGUUGAGUGCUGACACUGCUGUAGUGAAGAACCGUUGUGGUGCUCCUACUGCAGGAUCUGUCAAGAACACAAGAGUGUAUAGCAUGGAUAUUCCUGAGCAGCGCAGUGAUCCUCCCAAGUACCCAACGGAAAAGGACAGCCCUGUGGGUUGUGGUGGAGGGGGAGGAAAUGGAGGAGGUGGUGGAGUAGGUGGUUGCAAUGGGAAUGGGAUGGGAAACAUAAAUGGCGGUGGAGUGAGUUUAAAUGGGGGCGGAAUAGGGUGCAAUAAUGGGAGUGGAGUUGGAGGAGGGGUCGUUGGCCCUGGACAACAGCAGCAGCAGCAGCAGCAGCACCAUUUGGAGGUUCAGCCAGACUACCACAGCUCUGAGCACCGCCACUCCUUUCCUGCACUCUACUAUGAGGGUGGCAACGAAUCACCCACACCUGCCCAAAAGGCCUCAUUCCUCAAGCCACUGGGGCGCACCAAGAGGGAUGCCACAGCUGCCUACUCCCAGCUCUCACCUUCUCGUCACCACAACUACAACUCUGGCUAUUCCUCUAGUCCGGAGUACUCAUCUGAGAGCACACUGCGCAUCUGGGAGCGGUUCCGACCUUACAAGAAAAGCCCCAGAGAGGAAGCCUCCUACAUAGCAGCAGGGCACGCCCUUCGUAAGAAAGUGCAGUUUGCCAAGGACGAGGACCUUCAUGAUAUUUUGGACUACUGGAAGGGUGUUUCUGCCCAGCAGAAGCUGUAAGUCAAAGAAGCGGAGUCCAAUGCCCCUAAGGGAGAUUGUGAGAUUAACGUCAACAGCAGACUUAUAAGGAAAUAGAUGUUAACGUAGCAAGACAGAUGAUGUUUCCUCAGAGCUGUCUAGUGAUGUGGAUCAUUCAGCCACUGGAACAGGAGUUAAAGACGUAUCCUCUAUGUUAAUUUUUUCUUUUUUUUCAAAUAUGAUUCUGUGACAGUUCAUUGGCAUUUUUAGAGGUUCUUUCCACAGCUGGUUUUUACCACCACAAUACUGAGUGAUAAUUUACAAGAAUCAAGCUUUUUCACCAGAAUGCCUCAUACUGGGCACUUUGGUCCUCGCAGGCUUCACAGAUCCUUUGACUCCCCAUUAGUAGAGCAAAGCAAAGGUGGUGACAAGCAAGUGUCUUCUACCUCAUUACUGGCACACUGUAGCUGAGCUAUCUCACCAGAAACAGCACCAUUUAUGACUUAAGCCCCGUCCAUCUUUUCUCUAAUCCUGUCAAACCACUGUUCACAAAACAAUCAUUCCAUGGCACCACUAGCACCUGCUCUCCUUUAGAAACAUCAUUUAGGGUAAUAAUGGGGAGCAGGAUGAGGAAUUAGGUGCAUUUGUUUUUGAAUAGCCUGAAUCCCUUCUCUUUGGGGAGGACAUUAAGUGAUACUUAUCAGGCUAAUUGUUCUUCCUGGCAAUUAUCUAGUGGAAGAGAAGGUCGGGGAGGCUCUGUGUUGAGCAUGCUUAUUGAGUGAAACACCUAACUACAUAUGUUCAGUGGUGUGCGUGGACACAUACAUACAGUUUGUGCAUGCUGGUGUGAGUGAUUACAUGUUGGUGGGAGAGAAGGGUUGGGGGUUGAGUCCGAGUCCUGCAUUAUUCUCAGGCUCCUCCACAGCAGCAGAGUGGCCAAUAUAUACAGUAGAUAAGAACCCAGUUGGGUAACUUGUGUGUAUGUGUGUGUGUACAAGAAUAUAUGGUUUUACUCAACCCACCUGUCUAUCUAGAUAACGUGAAGUAAGCCCUUUCCAGACCCACAGGCAUUUUUUCCUCCUGGAGCCCGUUUCUUAUUUACAGGUGUAGCAAAUUCCCUUUGAUAAGGAAAGCUGUGAGGAAAUUUGCAUUUCAAUAGUGUGAGUCAUGCAGAAAUUACUUUAGGGUGGGUUGCGCAGGACUGCAAGACAGGUGUAAGCUGUGUAUAUUAAAGAACACAGUAAUCACAUUUCGGGAUAGGGGCAGAUUGAGAGGAGGUUAGAGGACUGCUCUAGCCGCAUCUCAUUUUGAACAUGCCAGUGUUAAGGAGAUGAGAUAAGGUUCAAUGUGUUUUCAGCUGCAGAUGAGAUCAGCUCGAGGGGGGGGGGAGAGAGAAAUCGUCAAAUACUCCCCACACUACACAGUGAGAUGAAAUGUUAAGCGGAGUGAAGGCCCUAGGGAUAAACUUAAUUCUGCCUCAGACUGGAUUACUCUACACUCAGUAUACAUGAUGCUGUUGUGAUCUGGGUGGUAGGUAGCUUGCAAUGGACCAAAGUGCCCUUGGGAGGUAUGAUUUUGCAGUUUUCUAUUACAUUUGCCUUUCUUUUCCAAUAUGGUUAAUGGAAUACAAGGAAAGCAAAAGAAAGUAACAGCCUUGUUUUAAUUUGGUUUAUUAUUAUUAUUUAGGAUUAAGGUUUGACGUCAUUGUUGUUACAGUAAAAGAAAUGGUUAACAAAGACAGGAGCAAGGCUUGGUAACACUAUGGACACAUCAUUCUGAUGAAUACAAAAAAACAACACAAGCACUUCUCAUCCAUAUAAUUGAACAACAUCUGAACAUCAAUUACCGCUGACUGCUUUAAUUUAUGUGUUUCAGCCCACUAUUCAGAUUCCGUGCAUCUCAAUUGAAAAGAUAUAAAUUCAGAUUUAAAAUGUCUAAUUAAUUCUUUCUCCUCCAUGUUUUUCCUCCCUGCCUGCUACCUCUGUCCAACUAAAUGGGUAUAAAUUAAUGACUAAUCUGCGGAGGGUGAUGUCGCACCAUCAUCUGAGGUCAGAUGAGAGUGCUGAUAUUAUUAACUCUGCCAGACGGAGAGCUUUAUUGAAAUUAAUGACAGCUGCCUUCAUUUCUUUUUUGUCCCUGCCUCCCCCAUCAGACUCUUAACUAUGUUCCAGCUAUGAACACUGUUCCCGUCAGUUGAGCUUACAAGGAAACAUAGAUGAAUUGCUAUAAUCUUAAAUCAGAUUUACACUUCACUACAACUGUGCAGGUCAAAGUAAACUAGUCUGGGAUCAUUAUCAUUCCUCCUCUAAGUCUUUUUGGCUGGGAUUACUAAUAUUCACCAGGCCUGUAAUGCCUUCCGGUUUGAUUAUCUGUUAAUGUUAACUGUGAUACCAUCAUUUUUGACAGGGCUUGAAAUUACCCACAGUUCGAGGUGUGAGUUUGAUAGUGGGAAAUGAAAGUGGAAGAUGGCAUUUACUCUUUAACCUAUAAAGAUCUCCGUCUACCGUUUGGACCCGAAAGGUCAGCUACUACUACUACUACUACUCAGUAUAUCUGUUGUAACAUAAUAUUAUGUUUGUGUGCAUAAAGAGCAUGUUGUAUCUUACCAAAAAAGUACGUAGAAGAUCGAGCAAAAUACGGUUCACGUCUGUGAGCACCACAAAUUAAACAUUAAUAUCCACUUCAAUCGUGUGUUGGAAGAAACCUUGAAGAUAUAUCAAAGCCAGACUAUUUGAUUACCUACAUACCUCGAGGGGUAACAUGGAAAAUAUGCUUUGUCAAUUAUUGGAACUGACGAAUUAAUUAUGCUGUAAUGAAAAAAUGUCAGUUUUUACUCACCCCAUCUAUUACUGCUUUUGAUACUCUCGCCUCUACUUCUGACCUUUCUACGUCGUUUAUGGGAGCCGGUCCGAUGGAAGCUAUAGUGUUCACAAUAAGAUGUCAAAGGCACAUCAUUACUCUGCUAUUAGAUCAAUAGAACUUAAUUUGGGCGAGUGGGACCACAUAAAAAAAAAAAAAAAAAGAAACACUGAGCAAAUUCCCUUGGGCGCUCAGUUGGACAGGCUCCAUUUUUUAUGAAGCCGUUGUUCUAUUGUGGCCUUUUGUUCAAACUCCACUGGCAGCUCCCCUUCGCGUUAGGUCCAGGGAAACACCAAUCAAUUAGUUUUAGAUUAGUACCACAGGCUAUAAGGUGGUGGAAGUUUUUUAAGAAUAAUGACUUCAUUUGGAAGAACACGGGGCAAUCAAGCGGAGGUUACCUGCGUAUGUCUUUCUAACCCUAACCCUAGGUAAUGUCUUUUUGUAGAUGUAAAGAACAUUAGCUGAGUUCUUCAUUGGUACAGUGUGACCAAUUUAGAUAAGUUAUACAAAAAAAAAAACAACAAAGAAAACAUAUCUGUCCAACUGUCCAGUAACUGAUGGAGUGUAGAGUUGCUCUCUAGACUUUUCUGCCUUGUUCAUGUAAAGGCACACGUUGGUAACAGUCCAUGCACGGUGACCAAGCCUUGCUCCUCUUCCUCAAUACAUACUCAGUGACAUGUAUUCAUUGACAGGAGUUAUUUUGAGUUGGCAGCAAGGUUUCUGAUCCUUCCUUACAGUGAGGAGGGUGUCUGACUCUAGCCCUCAGGGACCAGAUUCCACAAUUUCCACGAGACUGACGGAUGUACAGAUGCUGUGCCGUUCCUUGGGGAUUGUGGUGAUGUGUCUCCUAUCCAGUCUGUCCAAUUAGCUAUGAUGAAUCAAUGUGAAAGAAAAAAAAACACACACACACACAAUUCAGACAGCAUAAUGUGUGACAGUCUCUGAGGAGUAGAGUCAAACUCUCUCUUUGCCCAGGGCUGUGAAUCCAAGGAUUACAUUGGAACUGGUUAUCGGCCGUGGAGCCUGCUCUAACGAAAUGACAAAACUCAAAUUUCUUGGCACUGAAAACAGGAGGCCCAGUGAAUGGUUUAUGUCAACAUUAUAGUGGUUGUGAUAAACAGGUACUUGGGGAGGAACAACUCUGAACAUUCAAAAAGCCCUUUUUCCCAUAAGAAAAAAGGGCUUUGAUUAAUAUAUGAAUCUAAGAACAAGGAUAACGUCACAAAUUCAAGGGGUACACUGUUUUAGACAAUAUCACUGGCUGCCUCGGGGACUCAUUGCUACACAAGUUUGGUUUCUCAUUUCAUUUUCUCUCUUUCAUUUUUUUUUUUUUUUUUUUUUUGAAGCUCAGGCUUAUUGAAAACCACAGAUCAAUAUCAUGGAAAACCAUAGAACAACCCUCCAGACUGCCUCCCUUUAGAGUCGUAGUUGCUCUAAAUGUUAACCUCUGGCACAGAAACUGUAGACUUGCAAUGGCUCCCUAGGAAUGGUAGCGAGGUCUUUUUUGCUCCUGUUUAAUUAAACCCUUUGAAUGCAUACAGUUAGGUCCGCGGUUGGAGACACUGGCUUUGUUCGAAUGCUUUAAACAUUAAAACAUUUUACGGAUAGAAGCUGGCUUCUCACUUGCAGGGGCAAACCCAGAAGCAUUCCUCUUUCUGUCCCCUUGCUCCUCUUUACUAUGAAGUUGAUGGACCAGAACCAAAACCUAUGCUGUGAAUAUUACUUUUUAUCUCCUGGAGUUUAAUUUAGAAAGUGAGAGUCUUGGGACAGAAGUUAAGCGAUAGAGGGUAUUCCAAAAAAAUGAAAAAAAAAAAAGAAAAAAAUAUUUUUAAAAAAUCUAUAAAAAAAAUAAUAAUAAUUGUCCCUAGAAGUUAA